UACAAUAUAUAUGACUUUGGAAUGAUGAUGAGAAGAUGAUUUCAAGUUCAAGAGAAAAGGGUUGUUCUCAAGCAAAGCAAGAAGGUGAAAUCAACGGCAACGGAAGUAAGGUCUCGAAGGUGCCAUCGAGUUCGAGGCAGUGGUCGGGGUUUCGGAAUCCGAGGAUAGUCCGAGUGCCGCGUUCUUUCGGCGGUAAAGACCGGCAUAGCAAAGUUUGUACUAUAAGGGGACUAAGGGACCGUCGGAUAAGGCUUUCGGUGCCGACGGCAAUUCAACUAUAUGAUUUGCAAGACCGGCUAGGCCUUAACCAGCCUAGCAAAGUUGUGGAUUGGUUGCUUGAAGCAACCAAAGAUGAUAUUGAUAAGCUCCCACCACUUCAGUUUCAUCCGCCAUUGAUGGCACACAAUCCAUUCCAAUCAUCUUCUUUUGCUCCUUUUUUAGAUCCAAAUUUGAUGUUCAUGAAAGAUUGUGGAGGGGAACAUGAAGAAGAAGAUCAUCAAUGCACGGGAUUUGAAGAGAAAAACAUGCAGGUUGAAAGGGAAAAUAUUGCAGAUACCAAGGGAAAAUGGAUCAAAGAGCAAGAAAAUCAAGAAAAACUGAUUUUCCCAUUAACCAAUCAUGGUCCAGCCAUACCUGGAUUGUUCAACAACGGGGCAUCCAAUUCCAUGCCUUCCAAUACUUACAAUAACUACCAUUGGGAGCCUUCUUCAAAUUUAUCUUUGUCCUCGUUUCAGUUCGGAAGCCAUGGAUUCCAUCACCAACCUGAAACUUACUUCAAUGGCAACGCUUGUCCGCCAUUACCGUCGGCACAUUCCAUCUCGCCGCAGCUAUUUUUCGGCGCAUCGUCACUUUUUCCGUCGUAUACUUCGUAUGGGACGGCGGCGACAGGCCUCAGUCAAACACAAAACGACGAUCAAAGUCAUGCAGGUGAGGAUCAUAAUACUGAUUAA